AUGACCGAAGAAGGAAGACACGCUGAUGAACCAAAUGAAACUACCCCGAUAAUUCAACAUAGCUAUGACGAUGAUGGGGAUCUGGAGGAGUUGCAGGGAUGUAGUGGGACCCCGCCAUGCAACCCCAGGUCUUGUGUUCAUCGCUAUUUCCCAGUACUGAUCCUGAUAUGUUUUCUCAGCUUCGGCAGCUACUUCUGUUAUGACAACCCUGCUGCUUUGCAAGAUGUGAUGAUCAAAUCUCUAAAUAUAAAUGAAGGCCAGUUCAUGGCUUUUUAUUCUUUCUACUCCUGGCCAAAUGUGGUUCUCUGCAUGUUUGGAGGCUACCUAAUUGACAGAUUUUUUGGCAUCAGGCUUGGAGCAAUCAUUUUUGGUCUAUUUGUGACAGCUGGUCAAUUCAUCUUUGCUGUGGGCUCUUUAUUCAAUAUCUAUGCACUGAUGUGUGCUGGCAGAUUUGUCUUUGGAAUUGGUGGGGAGUCAUUGGCCGUGGCACAGAACACAUUUGCUGUGAAAUGGUUCCAAGGAAAAGAGCUCAAUAUGGUGUUUGGAUUGCAGCUGAGCUUUUCAAGAGUGGGCAGCACAGUCAACAUGAAUGUGAUGCAGCCCCUCUACGACUUCAUGAAUAAGUCUUUGCCAGGCUACAAGCGUCUUGGAUAUGCCUUGCUUGUAGGUGGAGCCAUGUGUAUAUUCUCUCUUCUGUGCUCAUUUGCGCUGGCAUUUUUUGACAAGAGGGCUGACCGUGUUUUAAGGAGAAAACAAAUCAGCCAAGAGGAGAUGAUAAAGUUCCGAGACAUCUUAACCUUCCCCUUCACCAUGUGGCUUAUAUGCAUUAUCUGUGUGGCUUACUAUGUUGCUGUUUUUCCCUUCAUUGCACUUGGGCUGGUCUUCUUUGAGAUGAAGUUUGACCUCAGCCCCAGCAGCGCCAGUGCCGUAAACAGCCUUGUCUACAUCAUCUCAGCAGUGGCUUCACCCGUGUUUGGUUUUCUCAUUGACAAGACCGGCAAGAAUGUCUUCUGGGUGCUUCUGGGUGUCAUCGUGACUCUAGGCUGUCACAUGUCUUUGGCAUUCUCUUUCAUCAACCCCUAUAUCCCUAUGGUGAUCAUGGGAUUGUCAUACUCAGUGUUGGCCAGUGCCCUGUGGCCCAUGGUCUCGCUGAUCAUUCCUUCAUACCAGCUUGGCACAGCUUAUGGGAUCAUGCAAGCUAUUCAGAACCUUGGCCUGGCUGUGAUCUCUCUGACAACAGGCAUCAUCGUAGACAAGAAUGGCUACCUUAUCCUGGAGGUUUUCUUCAUGGCCUGGUUAUGCAUGGCCUUGAUAGCUUCUGUUGUGCUGUACUUGGUUGACACUGCCCGAGGAGGAAAACUGAACUAUUCAGCCAAACAACGAGCUUUGGAAAAACUCCGGGCAGAUGCAGAAAAAGACAA